AGCUGUCAAAUGUUGACAAUUUUUAUCUAUGGAGGGGAAUGCAUGUUUCUCCAACACGAAAAUAAUUUUUUUAUUAUGAAUAGAAAUUUGAAUGAGUUAGUGUUGGCAGUAGAUGUGUGCUGUGAUUCCUGUUUUAAUAAUGAUUCCGUAAUUUUCAAUAAAACCGGAGUGAUGUGCGUAUUAUAAAAAUAAAGUAUUCUUUGUGUUACUAAGUUACUUGAAUUAAAUUAUUCGUGUUUUUGCAAUUUUUCAUUAAAUAAUUGUUUAAUCAACCUUUGAGUUUUACCAUUACAAAAAAGUAUUUAAACAUGGGAAAAAGCGGUAGUGUUAAGGCAUAUGGCAGGUCAGUGUUUCGAGUGGUUCAUGGUGUUUUCGAAAUGUUUUUCCAUUGGUUGUUUGGAUUAGUAUAUGGAGGAAAACAAAAAACUAUGCCCCCUAUUUCAGAUCUAUUGUUGCUAGAAUCCGCUACAUCUCUAGCACAUAAAAUAAGGACCAAAAAGGUUACAAGCGUACAAGUGCUCCAGUCUUUCAUAGAUAGAAUAAACGAAGUUAAUCCAGUUCUCAAUUGCGUAGUAGCCGAUAGAUUCGAUGAAGCCAGAAAAGAAGCUCAAAAAGCCGACGAACUGAUCGCGUCCGGUGUUAUACCGGAGGAGAAACUUGCUCAGGAAAAACCGUUUUUAGGCGUACCGUUUACCACAAAAGAUUGCAUUCCGGUCAAGGGUCUAAUUCAUUCAUCUGGUUUGAUCAAACGGAGACACAUCAUAGCAGAGGAAGAUGCCAAAGUGAUAGCUAGUUUGAGGAACGCCGGAGCCAUUCCAAUAGCCCUCACCAACGUCUCGGAGCUUUGCAUGUGGUGGGAAAGUGCCAAUAACGUUCACGGAAGAUCAAACAAUCCUUACGGUGUCAAUCACAUCGUUGGAGGGUCGUCUGGUGGAGAAGGGUGCGCUCAAGCUGCGGCUGUGUCCGCUUUUGGUAUUGGUUCCGACAUAGGAGGCUCAAUCCGCAUGCCGUCCUUCUUCAACGGCAUUUUCGGUCACAAACCAUCUCCGUGUAUCGUACCCAAUCACGGUAAUUACCCCGAGCCCUGUUCAGAAGAACAAAACCGAUUCCUCGGGGUGGGCCCGAUGUGUAGAAGGGCCGAGGAUCUGGCACCGAUUUUAAAAAUUCUAGCUGGCAGCAACAACAAAAAAUUGAGAUUAGACGAACCCGUAGACGUUAAGAAGAUUAGAUGGUAUUAUCAGGACAAUGAUACGGGGUCGUUUUUCGUUUCGCCAGUGGCGGCCGAAAUUAGGGAGCUGUUCGUUAAGAUAGCUAAGCAUUUGGAUAAAGCGUAUGGAAUUAAAGCGUCUAAGGUAAGUUACAACCGAUUUGCCAAAAGCGGUACAAUGUGGUUCGCGAAUAUGAAAACUUUGGAUGGACCUUUGUUCGAGCAACAUCUUGCGAAUUUAAAAGGCAGGAUCAAUCCGUGGACGGAGUUGUUAAAGUGGGUGUUCCGGAUGUCCGAGCAUACUUUUAUUGGAAUCCUUACGUGUAUCGCGGAAAAAGGAGGAUGUCAAUAUGGAGAUGAAAAAUACGAUUAUCUAGUUCAGGAACGGAACAACCUUCGCCGCGAACUUCUAGACCUCCUCGGCGACGACGGCGUAUUCCUCUACCCCACACACCCCACCGCGGCUCCAUACCACAACGAACCUUUAGUCAAACCCUUCAACUUCUCCUACACCGCUGUGAUAAACAUCCUAGGACUGCCGGCCACCCACUGUCCCAUGGGUUUGGACAAAAACGGGUUGCCCAUCGGCGUGCAAGUAGUCGCCUCCGACGGAAACGACCGGUUAUGUUUGGCCGUUGCCAGAGAGAUUGAAAAGGCUUUCGGCGGAUGGGUGCCGCCCGCUAUCCAGGCGUAACUUCGUUGAUUCUUAGGCAAAAUCGGAGUGGAGGUAAAGAGUUAACAGGAAAUUAUGAAACUAUAAUUGAAUCGCUUAUUGCUAAAAGGAAAGUCAUAAAAGUAACUAAGUUACAUUUUACGUUUUUGACUUUAAAACAUGAAACGAAACUUUGAAGAUGUUCCUUUGGUGUAAGAAGGAACCGUCUAACUAUAUUGCUGGUGUUAUAUUUUAGUGGUAGUUGUCGGUACCUUCUUACACCAAACGAAAGGAAUAUCUUCAAAGUUUCGUUUCAUGUUAUAAAGUCAAAAACGUAAAAUGUGACUUAGUUCCUUUUAACAAUAAGCGAUUCAAUUAUUAUUAUUACCAUUAGUACCUUUAAUAAUUUUAACAGCUGCUUUUAUAAGCAGAAUUGAUUAUCCAUUUCUUAAAUAGUCAUAGAAUGAAAUCAAACAUUUGUUGUGCCUUGUUAACAAUGGAUAUUUCUUUUAGAAACGAGUUUAAUGUCAUUUAAAACUGGUGGGUACAUUUGAACUACUUCUAAAAUUUUGCUACUUGUAUUGAAAGAACUAAAAUUACACACUUUGUAUGAUCUCUCGGGGUAAGUGCUGCCGCUAAUUAUAUUAGUUUAACUUUGAAUAACAAUAUCUUUAAAACCUUUAAGUUAUUUUGAAAUUUUAAAGACAAAUUGUAAGUGCCAAAACGAAUAUUACAGUUGAUUCUUCCUCGAUUGUCAAUAUCUGGUAAAAGCAACAACUGGACAAUUUCUUUAGGGUGAAUGAGACUGGUGUCUUCAUUAUUUAGCAAAUGGAUUGACAAAGAUAAACCAAUCCUUCUGACAAAUUUGACUUAAGGGUUAGGUUCCUUUUCGGCGAUGUAAACAACAAAUAGCUCAAUCUUUUACAUCUACUGUCUCAAAAUCUUUAUCCGUUACUUCAAUGAGAUUAUUUCCUUUUGAGUAUUCUUAGAAAUUCGUCCGAUAUAUCCCAGGCAUCAGCACAAAUGGUUCAUCUUUGUCGUUAAUUAUCAAAAUAAAUAUUUAAAAAUUCAAAAUGGUGCUGAAAAGAAUCGAAUUUAAUCAAAAAUUGUCCCCCUUGAAUGGAAAUAGUAGAAAGCGUCCUUUUGCUUUGCGUAACUGGACCAUCUUUUGUUUUUUUGUUCUAAUGAUAAACCUACAUGUUCCUAGGGGCCAUCUUAACUACUGGCCUUCGAAUGCACAGCCAAUUUCUUUGAAAAAUAUUGACCUGCCUUAAAAUUAUGCCUACAAAUUGUGCGGGGUCAGGUGCAAUCUAGAUAUCCCAUACAUUUUUGCCUUUAAAUACUAUUAACUUUGGUAAUUUCUCGUCAGCAGCAUUCGCAGCCAAUAAGACGGUAAUAUUUUCUUUACUAGGACCACUAGUUGCUUGGUGGGCAGGUCCAAGAACUUUAACACAGCUGGGAUAAAAAAGAACUAGUUUCGUCUUGGUUACAAAUUUUUGUUGGAGCAAUAUUAAUAAUAAAUUCCUUAAGAUGAUAAAAAUAUUCAUCUAUAAUAAAUGGCCGCUACUUUAGCUUGAAGAUUUUUUAAAUUUAACGGACAAAGAAAUCACCACCAGAAAGUUCAUCUCUAAAAUCUUGAAUAUGUCGGCCUAGUAUUUUCAGAACUUCUUUUUUGUAUAUUCCAAAGUCCCAAUGAUAUAAAAUGUUUUAACUUUUAAGAGAAAGAAAAAGAUUUUAUAGAAAUUACAAGUUUAGUUAUAAAAAACAUACCUUAAAAGUUUAAAUAAAUAAAUCUCUUAUAAUCAUUGCAGGAAACUAAAAAUAUUAAUGCUAACACUUACCAUAUUAUAUCGAAGGCUUUUGCAAUUAAUUUUUUUCUAAAAUGGACGAUGAAAUUACCGUGAACUCCAUCUUUAAAACUUCUUUUUGGAGAGUCCAAAGUCCAAUUUUGUCAUAGUUUUUAGACACUCAAUUUUCUUUUCCUCUUCAAAUGGAAUAAUAGUGGGACAUCCCACUUCUUUCGGCAUCCAUAUUUUUUGUAUAACUAAAAAUAGAUUUCGACCUGUUAAACUGUUAAAGGAUAUAUACGAAUGAUAUAAAAUGUUUCAACUAUUAAAGGAAGGAAAAGAAGAUUUUAUAGAAAUUAUAAGUUUGGUUGUAAAAAAAUAACCUUAAAAAUUUAAACAAAUAAAUCUCUUAUAAUCAUUGCAUGAAACUGAAAAUAUUAAUGCCAACACUUACCAUAUUAUACCGAUGGCUUUUGCAAUUAAUUUUUUUCUGAAAUGGACAAUGAAAUUACCGUGAACUCCAUUUUUAAAACACUUAUCGUCUUCGGAACUUCUUUUUUGGAGAGUCCAAAGUCCCAUUUAUCCAUAGUUUUUAGACAGUCUGCAAUUUUCUUCUUCAAACGAAAUAGUAGUGGGUCGGCCCAAUGACUUAGGGUGCGAUUACUGCAACUUUGCAGAUCUGCAAAUAUAACAGUAACUUUACAGAAGCUCUGCAAAUCAUACUUGCAUCUGCAAAUAUCAAUUGCAGUUGCAAAUUGCAAAAAAGAAACAUGGUAUUACAGAAACAUGUUUUCAUUUUUUGCGUUUGCAAAUCAUCUGUAACUUUGCAGGAGGUUAGAACAUCCUACAAACUUGCAGAUUGUCAAUUCUUACUUUGUUUUUUGUUUUAAUAACCUUUUGUUCCUUUUGAUUGAAUACAGUUCGUGGUGUUAGAUUAUCGAGUUUUUAAACAUACAAUGGAUUAGGGUUCAAGUUCAGUUUGCAGAUAUUUUUUGGAAUACGAAAACUUGAUACUUGCAUCUGUAAGUUCGCCAUAUUUGCAGAUCUGCAAAGUUGCAGACGUUAUGUAAUCUUACCCUUACUCUUUUAUGCUCCUUUUUUCCUUUACAUGUUUAAAAAGGGUCGCCUUUGGAAUUUUGUAUACUAUAACAGCAUGGUACAUUGAUUACCAGCUUCCAUCGCAUUCUGUAAACCUUUACACGAAUAAGACGGUUGUACCAUUUUUUCAUGUGUUUCGAACAAGAAGAAAAACAUUUUAAAUGUCAUUCCUAUUAGGUUUCAAUAUCCCUUUAUUUUUUCCUGAGGCAGGAGAAACCCAAACAAAGUAUUAGGGUUUUUUUCAAAUUCAUUCUACUCAAUGCCAUAAUAACCUAAAAUUAUUUAUCCAUAUCUGUAAAAGAAGAAAAACAUUUUUAAUGUCAUUCCUAUUAGGUUUCACUCUCCCUAUAUUUUUUCCUGAGACAAGAGAAACCCAUACAAAGUAUUAGUUUUUUUUCAAAUUCAUUCUAUUCGACGCCAUAUUAACCUAAAAUUAUUUAUGCAAGGGUGAUAUACCAAGAGCUUGAUAAUAGUCGGUUAUUUUUGUUAAAUCUAAAUCUCGAGAAUAUUUUAAUAUCAAUUUGAUGAGACAUAAUUUUAGUCAUUAAUAAUCAAUUGAAUAUUAAUGCCAAAAUUAUGUAGAAUCCAAUUGUAAAAUGUUCGUGAAAUUUAGCAACAACAAAAAUAGUAGAAUAUUAAUCGAGGUCGUGUUAUAUUUGAGACGACUAUUUCACUAGACCAAAUAUUGACUAUUUCUCUAGAGAAAUAGUCGCUGAUAUUUGGUCUAGGGAGAUAGUCAUAAAUGCGUACCUCGAAAAUAUAGAUAUUUCUUUAUAUCCACUAAUUUACAAUAAUUUAUCUAAAUGUCAGAUUCCCUCGUUACCUCGCCCCUCGUUGUGCGCCAAAUUUGUAAAACCAACAUUUACCAUAUUCUAUCGAUGGUUUUUAUUAAUCAUAAAAGGAAUUAAUUAAUGAAACGUUGAACUCUUACAUCUAUUUCAUAAAAUGAUCAUAUCACAAUUAUAAGAUGACAAAACACAAAAUUACAGAUAGGACCUUAGAGGUGGAAGAAAAAUAAUGGUAUCAUAGUUAUAUCGUUACAAGUGAAAUCUGCAAAUUACAUUACAUAAGCUUUUUUGGUGGUGUUUCUAGCUAGUUAAGCAAUUAUAAGCGAAUCUUCGGUGAUGUACUUACAGUAUUGCCAGCUUUUUCUUAUUUACUUAAAUACAAAUAAUAUUCAUAGGUUCUACUUACCCCAAAUUUACACUACUUACCCCAAAUUUACACUACUUACCCAAAAUUUACAUUACUUACCCCAAAUUUACACUACUUACCCCCGGAUGACCUUAUUUAAAUUAGUUUUAACGAAUUUAAAAAUCUGGUACAUUUGAACUACUGCAAUCCUAAGGUUUAAAAUUAUUUGUUGCACGUUUCAAAAUUGAUUGGUUUUUGUUCAUAGUUUAACCUAAUGAUGACCUGAGAGGUCUAGACCAAUUUUAUCGCGUUUUUUCAUAUUUAAAAUAUUUAUUGUGAUACCAAUUUGGCGUUUGAUUUUAUUCUAUAUAUAGCUGUUUUUGUAUUUAUACAUUUUAUAACCGUUUGUGCUAAAAUAAUGAAGGAUAACAUUGUUAUCUCUACUCACGAUUUGGCCUAAAUUACAUUGUGAUGCUUUUAUAUGUAUAAUCAUUAACUAGAUUUAUUAAAGAUAAACUAAAUUAUGUUCCACACUCGUCGAUUCUGAAAUUAUUUAAAGAUCUUUCGAUAAACUAAAAUUCAUCGGAUUUUCUCUGUAUUUAUUGCACUUAAAUGCUAAAUACUGCAUUGUAUUUUUAAUAAAUCUAGUAAAAUUGUUCUCUCACAAGUGAUGCCGAAUUUAUUGUGCUUUUAAAAAUUAAAUGUAAUUAUAAAGGUACAGGGUUGGAGUUACAUGUCGACUAAAUUAUAAGUUCAAUUAAAAACUUGUAAAAGUGAUAAAUAUUGAGAUUCAACAGCUAACAAAUUUUUAAGUACACUAUUUCUUUAAAUUUAUCACCCUUAUGACCGUUCUUCGAUAAGAACGAAUCUUUUGAAGCAGCAUUGAAUAAUUUGUAACGAAUUUUAUGAACUACUGAUUUUAAAUAUCAACAAUAGAAAAAGAUUGAUGGUGUUAAGUCUGUUGACCAAGCAAAGCAUUCAAAAACCAAAUUUUUACUAUUAAAUAUCGAUAAAUUGUCAAAAAAAGCUAUUUUUAAGAUUAAUUAUAAUUUAGAGAGUAGUUAUAUAAUAUUCCGACACAUGUAUGUCCAACCCUCUAUUUUAUAUCUGUAAAUUUGUUUUGACAACUUUAUAUAUACCUAUACUUACGAAACUUAUACUUGAAAUACUGUUUAUAUCUAAUUUUGUAGGAAUCAAUAAUCAGAAUAAUUUCUCACAGUAUUAGUUGGCAUCUACCCAUUUUUUAGAUAUAUUCAAUUACAAAUAUUUACUAUUUUUUUACAAAACAGCAUUUUAUUGUAUUAAAAUCAAAGCGUAAACACAUUCACUAGUCACUGUAUGCACUGGCUAGUAUUCUCUAAACUGACUCAGUAAAAUAGAUUUUAGAGUUGGUACAUUCCUUAAAAGGUGUUGAAUCCAAGAGACAUAACCUCUUGUUCAACAUUUUAGUUAUUUUAAAUGCAAUUUUCUGAUAAAAUGCCACUGAAGAAACCAAAACAUUUAUAUUCGUUUAUCUGCAGACAUUGAAUCUUAAAGUUGAACUUCUUUAACGAAGCAUCUAUUCCAUCAUGCACAUUGAAAAUGAUGUCACUUGGGCCUUGUAAACACAGAUUUAAAUCAUUUAAUUUAGAAAAAAGUUUUUGCAAUCGAAAAAUAUCGGAAAAAUGCUUGAACCAUACUUCAAUUCAAAUAAGCGGUAAUAACUUUGCCACGAGCCGUUAUUCUCGUUCCACCGAGCGCAUUCUGGAAAACUCUCGGUUCGCUCCAUUCCCAGAAGUAAAAGUAAAUUAAAUUAUUAUAAUUAUUUAGGUAGGUUUACAUUGAUUUCAAAAUUGUUUAAUGUACAGACUUAUAAGCUACUUAGCUAACAAAUAGUGGUUAUAGAACUGGUUUAUUUUAUACAGAGUGUUGUGAAACAUGUCUUAAAUAUGGCUAAAUUUAAGUUCAAUUUACUCAAUUUUUUCAAAUGCAACUCCCUAUAUAUUAAUUUAGCAUAAAACUCCUUAUAAAUUUUUUAGACAGAGUAUCUUUUAGCGAUGUCUAUCUGGUUACAUUUUGUAUAUUUACAAUAAGUUUUGCGUUUCCACGAAGUUUAGAAAUUAAAGAGUUUAAUAAAUAAGUAUUUUGGAAAGGAUUUGGAUGAUCUCUAAUAUAAAAACUGUUAAUAAGAGAUUCACAUACCGAUAAGUACCUAUUUUUCUUAAAGGUUUUUUGUAUUUUAGAUCUUGUUUUUUAUUUUUAUUUUCAAAACUAAAUUUAGAGCAGCUUUCUUUCUUUGGAAUGGGAAAUUAAAUGAUCUAAAUCAAGAGCCGCAAAUUCGUCUGCGAGUAAAAAAUUGACAUUUAAAAAUUUAACUAAAAUAAAUUUAAGUUACUUACAGGAAAAACACAAAUUUGAGCAUUAUCCUAUAAGGAUGAACAGUACCUAUUCCUGGAAUCUGCACUCCUUGCAAAGUUGAGCGAUUUGUGUCCCAACUUUCGAUGCUGAUUGUUGUGAACGGUUAUACUGGUCCUCGAUGUUUGGAGAACCACUUCAAUAUCAACACACCUCUACACACGAAUCGCGACAAUCAAUUGUUAAAACGAGAAUUGACACGUUCGAUACGCGACAACUUGGAUAUCCUACUAUGACUGCGCCACAAAUAUUUUCUGAACUCAAAAUUCGGUUCUUAAAAAAAGAUUUCAAAAUUAUUUUACUAUAAUGCAUCUAACUACCAAGAAAGCAAAUUAUCAAGGUUGUAAAACAGAAUAAUGAAAUAUGAUAUGAGAUAAGAGCUUCUAAGAAAUAAGUCGUUGACUCUGCAAAUGCCAUAAGGAUAGCUAAUGUAAUUCGUGGCUUGUAAAUGCUGCAUACUUUGACUAGUGAAUGUGUAUAAUAUUUACGCUUUUACUGUAACAUAUAUAAAAAAAGAUUAUUUAAUUUACACAAACAUACAAAUAAUAGUGAUUUUUUGUCACAAAAAGUACUGUGGAAACGACCAAUUUUUAGCAUUUUGUAAUGAAUGUUCUAUUGUGACCAAAACCAUCUCUUACCUAUUCUUAUGUAGGAACUUAAUAUAAUGGAAUUAAAGUUUAAAGAGUAUUUAUACCAAACUGGAAGAAAUUUAUAUAAAAAAAAUUCGGCAAAAUUGAUAAAUCGUUUGCCAAACAAUUAAUUGAUAUUAAGCCUUAUUUUUAUAUGAUCAAGAUUUGAUUUUUCUUAUUAAAAUCAAUAAUUGAUCUCGUAAAUAUAAAUUUGUUAAUAUAAAUUCGUAAAUAUAAAUGUUACUGAAAAAGAUACUAAUUUCACCUUUAUGCAAAUUUUAAAAUAAUAAAAAUAAAAAAUUCCUAAUAAAAAACCUUGUAUUUGAAAAACGUUGGUGGUUUACAGCGAAAUUAGUAAAUAGUGAUUUUUAUUGAAGAGUAAAGCACUUUUAAAAUAUUGAAAGCAUAAAUUUGAUUUUUUUAUUAAAAUACUAAACCAAUCAUUUUAACAAAUUAUGUAUUGUAUGAGACCUCUACUAAUAAAAUUUUCCUGUAAACAGUGAUUUAUUCAAACAAAUUUUUUUUAUUUAUUAUUAUAGACCUUAAAAUCAUUCAACAGUUGGCAUAAUAAUAGUAGAUCAUAUUCCUGUGUGCUAUUCAUUAUCUGAAAGAUAAGAAAAUUCGUUGUUAUAGGAGCUGAAACUAUCUAGAAUGAAAUAGGAAAUUAAUUCCUGAACACAAAUUCAUGAAAACGAUCUAAAAAGAAUUUUAAAAAUUGAUCAAACCCACGACCUUUGGUAUACCGUACCAACUACUUAACUAUUACAACAAAAGAGUGUAUGCAUCUGGCCAUUUACAGAUGUAUUGUCUUUACUUUGAUAUUCCCGCAUAAUUUCAGUUCAUGCCUAAUAAGGCUUUGUUUUUAUGAGAAAAAUAGUUUCAAUAUGUCUGCCUACAUUAUUCUCUUCCAAAUUUUAUUUAACAAGAUCAUAUUGGUGUCUAUAAAUACUUUCUAAUUUCUCUCAACAUCAACUCUGGAUCUAAAAACACUUCACUCUUCAGUAACAUCCUUUUAAUUUCCACUAUUUAAUUUUUUUCAAAAUAAGUGUUGCUUUAUUAUUGAAAUUAAAGUGAUACAGGGUUUUUUAUCAAGAAUAUAUAUAUUUUUUAAAUGAAUAAUAUUUUGUAGACUUUAUAAUUUUUUACAGACUAAAUAUGUUUAUAGUAAAAACCCUUCCCGAGAAAGUUUGUGAAACAUUUCUAGCUCAUUUCGAAAAGUCUUAUUAAAGUAUUUUUUAUACAUAUAUAUUUAUUUACAAAUAUAUUCAAUAAAUAAUUUUGUUUAGAACAUUUUCAUAGCCAUUUUUAUAAAUAUAUAUUUUGUUACAACAAAUUUAUUAUUAAUUUAUUACAGAUAGUCUUCGAUGGGUCAUCCCUUGUACAUAUUUUUUAUUUAACAAUAUUGAUAUAGAGGGUGUGGUAAAUCUCAUUUGUAAGCAAAUAUUUGUGAAAACAGUAAACUUUUGUAGAUGUGUAACUGACAUCACAUUUACAUUGUAUUUUUAGAUAUUUUUGUGUCGUUUUAAAGAAGUUUCAAAAUAUUCUAUGUAUUUCCAUCAUUUAAACGUAUUAUGUCCUGAAUCUCCAAUUCUGUCCUGGUUGUCCUAUAUUGUAACAACUUUAAAACUAUACAUCAAUACAUAUUUUUUAAAAUAAAUAUAAUACCCACUUUAUUUUUACCUGUGUGGUAUUUAUGUUGUAUAUUCUCAGGUUGUCCUACACAUACAAAUAGUACACCUUAUAUUUAUGUAUGAACUUUUAUGUAAAAUGUUGAGAUUAUUUUAUGUAACUGUUAUAUAUUUUAUAAUAAUAAAACUGUGCUUCUUGUUGUA